AUGGCCGAAGAGAAAGUGGAGCUCAGCGAACAGACCCCUCUGAAGCAGGAAGAGGAGAACAAGGAGGCCGAGAAAUCGACCGAAGCCGGCGAAGAAGCCGCCACCGAGAAGAAGGAGGCCGAAAAGAAGAGAUGGUUCUUCAACAAGAAGGUAGGCCACAUCAAUAUAUUGUACUAGGCAGAAAUCGUCCGAGUUUUUCGUUUUUUAUGCCCUACAUUGGUUAUUUAUCAGCGCAGUAAUGCAACUGUUGACCCCCAUUCGAAAGAGUGUUGUCCAUUGUGCGGCACUCCGCUUUGUCCCCAAAAUAAAAUAAUUAUAGUGACGGGUGCGCAGCUCUUUUUGUCGUGCCGCCGCAAAGAAACGAACUAGAUAAUAGCGGAUCGCAUUACACUAGUCGCGCAACAUUCAUAAAGAAAACAUGUGUUUGGAGUUUGGGUUUACAGUACGAGUUAUUGAGGGAAUAAUGGGGGUUUUGGAAAGAAAACUGGAUUUUUUGGAGGUUUUGGCAAAAAAAGUGGAAUUUUGAUGAAAUAGUCGGCCUUCAUAGAAAACUAAUAAUGCAUAGAGAAAGUGUAGGCAUCAUGAAGAAUUUUUUCAUUGUAAAAUCAGGCUUAUUAGUCGAUUUACCAUCAAAAAAUUUAAUUUUUGAGGCAAAAUCUACCUUUUUAAUAAUUUUUCAACAAAAACCCAAGAAAUUUUUCUAGAAUUGGGCUUUUGAGGUGGUCUAAAAACAUUGAGCUAUCUUAAAAUAGCUGUAUAGAGACGUAAUGACUGCAUUUUUAAUUUGAAAAUCAUAAAAAAACAAGUUUUUAUUCCUAUUUUGGUAAAAAAUCAGCGAAAAAGAGGAAGAAAUUGCAAAUUUGAGGAAAAAUCCCAUCUAGAGGAAGAAAACUACUGUCUUCAUCCCUUUUUAUCACUUUACAAUGCCAAAUCACGGCAGUACCCCUCAAUUUUGCACUGAUUUUGCGCAAAAAUCGCAAAAACCGCGCCCCUUUCGGCGGAAGAAAGCAAGAGAGGGCCGUGCCGGAGUAGCCGAGCGGCAGUGAUCCUCAGUAUCGACGCGUGAGCACGAAGGUUCGAACCCUCGAGGCGACCUCGAUAGCCUGUAAGACGGAAUGAACUGUAGAGAAUGAUGCACCAGGCAAAACGGUCACAACUCUGUUAACCAAAAAUGCUUCGGCGUUCUGUGGGGGGUCGAAUCUCUACAGUUUUGGGAUUUUUUGAUUUUGAAAUUGAGAUUUUUUGAUUGAAAUUGAGAUUUUGGGAUUUUUUGAUUCCGAAAUUAAGAUUUUUUGGCUUCAAAAUUCAUUUUUUUGGAUUUUUGUUUUGAUUAUCAGUCUGUCUGGAAAAUAAUGAGGACAAUGUCGCUGCUCCGGUUGCAUCGCUAAAUUCAAAAUGCAAUUUGAUUUUUACGCGACAAAAUUCAUUUUCUCGCUGCGAUUUUCGCUGCGAUAGAGUGCUCAUUAUUUUCCCGACAGACUGAUAUAAAACUACCGACAAGGACAGUUCUGUUGUCGUCUGCAAAACGGGCUAAUUUUUCCACUAGCCUGCCCAAAUCCGCCGCCGUCGGUGCAUGCUGGGUUUAAUGCGAACGCGCUGCCGAUUGGGCCGGAAGAGAAACGGCAGCGAGGCGUUAAUGCGAACGGAAGUCCGCGCAACGUCUCGCCAUGGAAACAAGAGCAAUUUGAGGGGCGAUCUUAAGACGCGCGUUGGCUAAUAAGACGGCAAAUUGCGAAAAUUGGGGUACUGUAAUUUGGGAUUAUUACGGAUUUUUUUGUAUAUUACGGAUGAUGGUAAUGCAAAAUUUAAGACUAUGGAGGCAUUUUAGAGCGUAUAAAAUUGCUUAUAUACGGUUUUUAGACCUUUUAGGCAUGCUAGAACAGAAUGCCAAAUUUGGCGGGAAAUUUAAUUUUUAAAAUUUUUCUCUUUGCACAGCGAUUUUUGGCUUGAAAGUUGUUUUUUGUACAUACAAAUGACAUAUUUUGAGCACUGAAAUUGUCUCAUUAUAGCUAAAAUAUCUUUUUUUGUCAUCUAAAUUUCCCCUCAAAAACCCCCCAAAUCUCCCCCAAUUUAUGCGCAGCCCUCGAAACCAAUACUAUUCAGGCAAAUCUGCGGAUAAUCCCCCACCACUCUCCAUCUCUGCGGCACUCUUUUUUUUCAUGCUUUCAGUGCGCUAUUCAAAUUACUUUAAUUACAGAGUGGAAAGCGAGCUUGCAUCCUCUCGUCCAAUUUUGGGGUCGAAAUUAAUGAGCUGCGUCCGGGAGGGGGGAAUGCAAAAUUCGCGGAGUGCUAGCGGAGGGUUGAGUGAUGAAUGUGGAGGAAGGGGAAUUUUGAAGUUGAAAAAAGCAUAGGAACUAAAAAGUAAAUAAAAAAAGUGGAAAAAAUACAACAAAACUAAAAUUAAAAGAGUCUCAAAAUCGACCAGUAGAUUUUUUUAAAAUUGUCCGGGCAAAUAUAUCUCCAAUAUGUAUGGAUCAUAUAGUGGCGGACCUGAUCCCGCGGCAAAAAACGUACCAUUUUGCAUCCGGGAAGUAUCAAAAAGGUCGCAAAAUACCUCCCUGUCCAAUCCCUCAAAGCGGAGUUUUUUUAUUUGUAGAGGGAGGCAUUUUGCUACAUUUUUAAUACUUCUUCAAUGCAAAAUGGUGCGUUUUUUACCACUGGAUCAGGUCCGUUACUGUAACAAGGGCGUAGCUGACCAAAAAUUCUAAUGGAAAAUUUUAUGCAUAGUCCUGAUGGGCACAAUGUAAAAAAAAUUUACCUUCCUCCCCCCUUACCAUAUUUUUCUUCGACCCCAGGUUGAACCUCCUCUCCAGCUACGCCCCUGGAUCAUUAGUAAAUUUCAGCCUGUCACACCGAGAGCUGAACUAUUUACUAACCUUUUGUCAUCGAGAGAGCGCAAAUAAUAAGGAGAGUCGGCCGGACAAAACUUGUUUUUCGGUCAUAGCUUUUUCGGGGGCUUUCUGAGAAAAGAACAGCUUUGAGAGAGUGUAAAAAUUCUCGCAAUUUUCGCAGAGACCUGCAUUGUGCAAAUUAUCAACCUGUCGGGAAAAUAAUGAGCGCCCUGUCGCAGCGAAAAUGAAUUGUGUCGCGGAGAAAAUCAAUUUUUUUUUCACUUAAUUUUCUCAUAAUUUUCCCGACAGACUGAUAAAUAAACCGAAUAUAUUGUAAAAUACGGCGCCUUUCGUUGCUUGUAGUCAUCAAAACUUUCUGAUUUCCACUCUAAAUCAUGCAUUUUGCAGGCCAAGAAGGAGGAGAAGCCAGCCGAAGAGAAGGCCGAGAAAGAGAAGAAUGCCGAAGGCGGCGAAGUCCCUCCAGCCGAGAAGAAGAAGUGCUGGUGGCAGAAGAAGCCGUGCUGCAAGAAGGACGGCGAGCAGCCCACGUUCGGCAUCGACUACGUGCACCGCGACGAUCAGAACCUGCAGACCGCCAUCGACCUGAACUUUGCCGACAUCUUCGGCGAGCCGGACGCCCUGCACUCGUGGGAGGGCGUGUGGCGUCGGAGCCAGGCGGUCUUCAACGCGGUGCGCGGCUUCUUCUACAAGCUGUUCAGCCUGCUGCUGUUCAUCCCCGCCACCGUCGUGUUCGGCGUCCUGUUCGCGUUGUUCUCGGCCCUGAACGUGUACGUGGUGACGCCGCUCGGCAAGCUGCUGUGGAUCCCGUUCGGAUGGGUGGCGGCGGUGUGGAAGGCCCUGAACGCCAACGUUUUGGGCCCCGUUUUUGGCGCCCUUGGCCAGGGAUUGAGCAGCAUUCGCGUCCACAGAUACGGCCUCAACAACGACGCUACCGCCACGAUUGCAGCCUAA